AUGGCUGCGGCACAGGCGACCUGCGACGCCAGCGACGCGCGCAUCAGGCUGAUGUGCAGCCACGGCGGCCGCUUCCUGCCCCGCGGCCCCGACGGGGCCCUGAGGUACGUCGGCGGCGAGACGCGCGUCCUCGUCGUGCCGCGCGCGGCGACCUUCCCCGACCUGACGGCGCGGCUGUCGGAGAUGGCCGGCGGCGCGGAGGUGCGCGCGAUCAGGCACCGCCUCGCCGACGAGGGCGUCCAGGACGUGAUCGUGUCGGUCACGUGCGACGAGGAGCUCGCGCACAUGCGCGACGAGUACGACCGCCUGCGGGCUACGCGGCCGUCCGCGACGUUCCGUGUUUUCGUCACGACCACCACUCACGCUGGCUCCGGCGGCGGCGUUGUCUGCAGGCGGAGAUCGGCGGCCGGACUUCCACCCCUACCGCUGGAGAUGCGGCGCGCGCAGAGCGAGCAAGCUCUCGCCGUGCGCGCACACCAGCAACAGGCGAAACAGGCGAUGCGACGCGUCCAGAGCACGCAGGAGUUCGCAGGGGCCAUCCACUUGCAGCCGUCUUUCCACCACCGUUGCAACCAGCAGUGCUGCAGUUCCUCCCAGCGCCGCAACGUGUGCGCCCCCGCGCCGACGGCAGCACAGCAGGUGUGCGCACUGCCCUACUUGUCCAAAAAAGUUGCUCCUCCUUGGAUGCCCGCGGCGAAGGCAACAGAGCGAGUCUUUGCUAUUAGGGUUUAG